UGUACGCAAAGUGUACGGUGCGGUUUUCUUUAAAUAAACCUUUAAGUUUUUAACAAAAAAUUGAUUAUUUUACAGUCCGAAUAAAUUUUACAACAAAAAAUUAGUUCUUGAUGUUCCGCAAUUUGAAAUAAGUGUUCUUAUUCAAUAAUUCUAUUGUUUGCAAAUUGAAAACUGUAAACGUAGGCAACAGGUGUCUCGUACAUUUUUAAGUGUUUCUUUUUAUAGACUGAAACUCGUUUUUUUUUAAUGAGUUUCUUUGUUACUUUAGUUUAAUUUUAAUUAUUUAUUCGAAUUUUGGAAUUUUCCUGAGAUGGAAGUGUGGAAAUAUGUGAAAAUAAUGUUUUAGUUUUUAUGUUUUUUUCUUUAAAUUGACACAAUUAAGAUAAUUAUAAUUAUUAUUUGACUCGCGUUUAUUUUAUCACUUCUGCCCUCGAUCGUUUUGUGCUGCCGGGAAAUGGAUUACGAUUAUUUGUUGAAGUUUCUGGCUCUUGGAGACUCAGGCGUUGGUAAAACGAGUUUUCUUUAUCAAUAUACCGAUGGGGUUUUCCAUUCCAGAUUCGUAUCUACUGUGGGAAUUGAUUUUAGGGAGAAAAGAGUGACUUAUGAAACAACAAAUGGUAAAAAACAGCGAGUGCAUCUGCAGCUUUGGGAUACGGCUGGCCAAGAAAGGUUUCGUAGCUUGACGACAGCCUUCUACAGAGAUUCAAUGGGUUUUUUUCUCCUCUUCGAUUUAACCAAUGAGCAGUCUUUUCUUGACGUUCGAAAUUGGCUUGAUCAACUCAGGAAUCAUGCAUAUUGUGAAACUCCAGACAUAAUACUUUGUGGAAAUAAAUCAGAUUUAGAAGAUAGACGAGUUAUCAGCGAAGCAAAAGGGCGGGAGUUGGCGGAAAAAUACGACUUAGUCUAUUUAGAAACGAGUGCAUCAACUGGACAAAAUGUGGCAAGAGCUGUAGAAAUUCUAUUAGAUCGAGUGAUGCGUAGAAUGGAAUCUACAAUGGAUCGGUCCUUACUUCCUCAUCAACGAGUUUUGAGAUGUCACGAGCAUGAAGUUCCAAGAAGUAAAAAAAAAUUCUGUUCUUGUUAAUGCAAUAUGUCAUUUACAAGCAGAAGAUUUCUCUUAUGGUAUAUACUUGUAUAAGAAUAAUUUAUUUAUAAAGAGUACAUAAUCUAAAUUGUAUCUUGAUUCUUGAAACAUCAAGGUGAUAGAAACAAAUUAUUCGGCAAGGUAGUAAUUCAAGUAUUCUGGUGUAUUUUGAUUGCUCACGCAAUGAAAAAGGCAAUUUCCUUAUCCUGUUUUGUCCUUGCAUAUCGUAAAUUGAAUCAAAUGUGUAUAAUCAAGAAAGAUUGUUUUUAGUUUUUGCAGCUUUCAAACUUUUAGUUUAGGUUUAGAAAAAAUUGUCAGUUUUAUUCAAAUUUGCGAAUUAGGGUAGUACCAAAAAAAUGUUGCAAUUUUGUUCUCUAAUCUACCCCCAAGAAUUUCGUAUCUAAUGUCUCCUGAAUUAUAAAACAAUAUUCAGGAUUCUCUUCAGCCCACUUUCUUAAAAAAACUAUCCUUUUUAAAUUGCUGAUGCUAAUUGAUUAUUUUACUGUGAAAUAUAAAAUGGUAGAAUACAUUUAUUCCAAACUGGAAAAAUUCAUUAACUGCAGUUAAAAAAAGCAAUUUUCUAAAAAAAGGGACUUGAGACACACCCACAUUCUUUUUAUUCAAAACCAAAAUCUAGUGGACAUUGCGACACAAAAAUAAAAUUAUUUUAGGAAGCCAUUUCAGAAAGCAAAUUAUAACGUUUUUUGGAUCUCCCUAUUGUAGAUAUUAUAUUACUUAAUGACAAUAAUUUAUUAAGAGUAUAUUAGCAUGAGUUAAGGAUUGUUAUAUGUAAUGAAACGUUCCAAGUCCUAUCACAUAUUGAUAUAUAGUUUUGUUUCUUUGUAACAAUGAAAAUAAAGAAAAAAAACGUUUGUAAAGUA